UAAAACCCCUAAAACCCUAAACCAACACAAAAACUCAGCAAGCGCGCAUCUUCGUUUUCAACAGAGACGCCGCAGAAAACUCAGCAGCUCCAUCAAGUUGCUCAACUCGCCGGAAAACAAAACCCACCCGGAGUUUCUCACCGGCCUCAGAAUCAAUUUGUAGCCAAAAAAAAUGGCGAAGAAGAGAAAGCGCAGCGAGAAGGUUGAAGCUGCGGCGGUUCCGAAAAAGGACGAUGUUGCUCCAGAGAGACCAGUUAGGACUCUUUUAGGAUGGAAGAAUAAGAAGGAGAAUGAAAAUGAAAAUGAAGUUGAGGUGAAGGAUAAUGGUUCUUCACCUAUAUUCAGGAACAAAGAGAAAGUUUUGGUCACUUGCUCUAGGCGUAUUGUUUUCAGGUACCGACAUUUGAUGUUGAACAUAGUAUCGCUUCUGCCUCAUUGCAAGAAGGAUAACAAGGUUGAAUCAAAAGAAACUAAAGGCGCCACAUUGAACGAGCUUGUUGAGCUUAAAAACUGUUCGUCUUGUUUAUUUUUCGAGUGCAGGAAGGCAAAAGAUCUUUAUCUCUGGAUGUCAAAAUGCCCGAAUGGCCCAUCUGUUAAAUUUUUAGUUAGUGCCGUGCACACAAUGGAGGAAUUGAAGCUAACUGGGAAUCACCUAAAAGGUUCACGUCCACUUUUGACAUUUUCAUCAAAUUUUGAAAAAGAUGCAUACUGGAAACUGCUGAAGGAGAUGCUGUUACAGAUAUUUGAAACACCAAAGGACCAUAGAAAGGCUAAGCCUUUCCAUGACCAUGUUUUUGUUUUCUCAAUAGUUGAUGACCACAUUUGGUUCCGAAAUUAUCAGAUCUCUGUUCCUCAUAAUGAGUCAGACAAAUUACCUCGAGGAGGCCUUGAUAAAAUGACAUUAAUUGAGGUUGGUCCGCGGUUCUGCUUGAACCCAAUUAAAAUAUUUGGUGGCAGUUUUGGAGGUCCAACUCUAUAUGAGAAUCCAUUCUACGUGUCGCCAAACCAGAUUCGAGCUAUGCAGAAGAAGAAAAAGGCUGGAACAUUUGCAAAGAAGGUCAAAGCAAAGACAAGGAGGAAAAGGCAUGAGAUGGCGAAUCCUCUGGAGCAAGAUGAGUUCGCAGAUAUGUGGAAAGAUUAAACUUAAAUUCACCUGCUUCUUUUUACCAAAUGUAAGAAUGGGCUAUUCACAUUAGAGUGGUUUUGUUUGGUGGCCCAUUCUUUAUAGUGGUUUUGAUGUUGAGAAUUGCUUUAUGUGUUAAUUUGGAGAUUUAGGAUGUACUUCUAUGUUACCAUCAAACUAUGAUCUGUAUCAUAAAAGGUAGAUUACCUUGAUUCUGUAAUGUUUACUUUAAUUCAUGUGGGAACUAUUUCAGGACUUGCUCUA